AUGACAUUUAGUGGCAAUCGUGUCGACUGUUAUGUCAAAUAUCAGUCUGGGAAUACCACCGAUAUUGUGACCAAUUGUACUGAUGGCAAGACCUAUAACAUCGACACCGACUCUCAAUACAAUCCCAAAGAUCUCAUAUUCCGGGCGACGUAUAAUAGAGACGACAAUUGGCUCAUCGUUUACAACAAAACUUUGCCAAACAUUUGGUGUUAUUCUCCGAAUGAAAGCCCAAAGAAUAGACUCGUGAAGAAUGAAACCAAAUGUCGGGCGAAUAUAAAUCAAAGCAAACUAUUUGUCGAUUACAUGGAUUCAUCGCUUCUGAAGGAUAUCGAGGGUGUCGUCGACUACGGACGCGGAAACGAUAUCUAUCUUUCCUUUGUAUUUCUCAAUAUAAACGGCAAACCCUUUCACUGUUACGCACAUAAUUGCAAUUUGAUUGAGUUGUUAUCGGAGUGUUUCCCACCGCGUGUUCAGGAGAAGACUGAUUGGUCCGCGGGCUGUCCACUCAAUUGCACUACUAAACACUGUCCCUUGUCUGGAAACACCGGCGAUAUUGUGACCGAAUGUAUUAAUGACAAGAAUUACAACACCGACAUCGACACCGACUCUCAGUACAAUCCUAAAGAUCUCAUAUUCCGGGCAACGGAUAGCAGAGACGACAAUUGGCUCAUCGUUUACGACAAAACUGAUGCAAACAUUUGGUGUUAUUCUCCAAAUGAAAGCCCAAAGAAUAAACUCGUGAAGAAUGAGACCAAAUGUCGGGCAAAUAUGAAGCAAAACAAACUAAUUGUCGAUUCCAUAAAUCCAUCGCUUCGGAAGGAUAUUGAGGCUGUCGUCGACAUCGCCAUCGAUAAUGAUAUCUUCGUUUACUAUAUAUUCUUUAAUAUAAACGGCAAACCCAAGUAUUGCACACAAAGUUUCCGCGGCUCUGAAUGCAAUUCAAGGGAUGAUUUGAUAGACUUGUUUGCGGAGAGUUACCCACCGCGAGCUCAUGAGAAGGGUUGGUCCGCGGGUUUGAUUGUAUUGAUUACUGUUGUGGUAAUGAUUUGCGUUCAACUCUUUUGUUGGCUGCUUUGGUGCUGGAAAUUACAACAUACGACACCUUUAGCAAAGUAUCUCUGGGACAGCUUUUUGUCGAAUAGCUCGAAAACGGGUGAUUCGAUUUUAAAGUCGACUUCACCGAAUUGUAGUCAGAUAACACGAAGAUCGAAUACUAAAAAUUAA